UUGCAGCUUGCUGUCUUGCUUUGUUUGCGUUGCAGCGUUGCAGCAGCAGCAGCGCUGUGUGCUUCUUCCACGAGCACGAAGCAGCAAGCAUGCGUGGAAAAGGCGUGCAGUCCGACGGAAAGCACAAGAAGAAGGAGAAGAAGGAAUAGGAAGUUGGAGGAGUCGGAAGAAGAGGAGAAGCAGAGGCUAUGGAGCAGGGCAAUGCGUGGAGUGACGGCAGGAAGAGGAGGAGGAGGAGGCGGAGAGAGGGAGGGCCUCUUCUUCGCCAUCCGUCCGUCCCCGUGGGCUGUGGUUACGGUGGAUGCAGGUCCAGCCGUGGAAACCGGCUCCAAGCACAAUGUGCGCGGAGAAAGUGUUAUUCAAAUGAGAGAGAGAGAAGUUUAUGGAAUAGAAAAGGGGAGUAACUUCGUCUUUCUCAUCCGAGAUGGCUUUGUGUGGAAGGAAGAAGAAAAUCUAAUCCUGUGGUUUGAGUUCAAAGGCUGAGCCUGAAGACACUUCCAAAGUGACUGAGUUUUCUUCGCUUUCGCUUGCUUUGUUCGUUUGCCUGUAAGGACAAACAAGAAAAGUCGAAGUGACUCUCGCCACGAUGAUGGCGCACGUAGAACUGUUUGCUUGCUGCGGCCUUCAGUGCGUCUUUCGACCAGGCAACUUUUCUUGAGGUUUUUAGCAGAAUUCUUCUCGACUUGAAGGUUUCACUCUAGUGUGGGGUAAAGUAGUUUCCGCUGGCAGAGUAUGGCCCACAGUAAAAUAAAAUAAAGAACUCCGGGUUUGUGUGCUUGGAGAAAGUUUCCAGUCGUUGGCCCGACGAGAACGAGCCGCGAAUCGUUGGCGAUGAUAUUCCGCUCCUGGAAGUUUGUCUGUCUUGGACUCGGACGGCAUGGUUGCUUUUAAAACAGUUAUGUGGCGUUGUUAGUCUGUCUGUCUGUGGUAGCCAUGGCGGGCCAUCGGAGACGAGAGGCUAGACUUCCAGCCCCACACGCAACUUGGUCAGCACGGUGACACUCCCUCCACCACGCUUGAUAAUUAUCUGCAUCGAUCCAUUCUUCCUCUUUGCCCUUCGGCAGUACCUUGAUGCUCCGACAAUUUGCCAUCGCAAGCAACCAUCCAUCCCUGCCGAUUUCGCAGAUGCCAAUUCGCUUGUCGCAGUCCUCGCCCAUCGCCGUCGUGUAGCGCCUGAACAUAGCCUCGGGCGUGCUGACGCAGCAUAGAGGGAGGGCUUUUGUUUGCGUUGUUUUUUGUUUGUCGGCUUUCCAUUGCACCACUUCCAAACAUCGAUCACCGCUUCAUGCCUGGUCUUCCUUUCUUGCUUACUUCCUCCGCCCGCCUCGUCUUGACGUCCUCCCUUCUUCCAUCCCUGUAAAUUACUCACCAUCCUCUGCACCUGCACUGGAUGGACGCACUGUUAUCUUAAACUCGUGCAGUUUCCGCAUUACCUUGACAUGCAAGUGCGCAGGUUCGCAUCAAUUUGCGGAACAUUGGAGUGUAGUUUGAACCUUGCGUAUCGGUUAGGACGUUGUGUGAUAUAGCACUCGUUUGGUGUUGUCGAAUUCGUCGGCUGGAUCUUGACAAUUGUGCGGAAUAGUACCUCAGAGAGUUCAUGACAUGCCUCUAAAGGUUUUGUACACUUCGCCCCUGAGUUCUUGCUGCAUUGUCAAUUAGGUGCUACGUCGGCACAUCUAGUAGUUUAUUUCGAAGAAUCAGAAUCUUCUGUCCUCCUCUGGUCGCGUCGUGAGCGAUGUGGCAGAAUUAGUGCUACAGAGAAUCCACUGAGUGAAUUGAUAAGCGUUUCGUAUUGUAGUGGUGUCCUGGUCAGGAUCCUCCCUUCCAUCGCAGUUACUGGGCACCUGCAUUGCUGCGCGAGAGCGGAUGACAGUCCCACCGCGUUGAUCCCUGCAGAUUUUCAUGUUUCGCACGUACUCUAGAAGAAUUGGUUGAGUGAAAUAAAGCAGAGUCUGUUCGUAUUUUGUUAGCAGAUCAAAGUGCUAGUUGUCCUGCUUGCGCUUUGCAUUCUGUGGCUUUGUGCUGAGCUACAAUGUGCUAGAAUAUCUCGUGCUUUCAUUAGACAAUCUUGUGAGAAGUAGGCGCGUCACUCUUGCUUGAGAUUUUCAGAACUUGAAGAAAUGGAUAUCCGAGGACCUCCUCACAUGGCAGCAAUCCCAUCAUUCAUUACGUAGACAGCGGGAACAAUGCUCGCAUGUGAACAGCCUCAAAUUACGUCGAUAAUAUUCAAUUGUUUAUGACUUUCAUACCUCUUUCUAUAUUCUUCCCAACAAUUUCGACUUAAGGAGAUACAAAAACGACCGAGAACGGAAAUUCUGUCGAUCGUUUUCGAGCAGUUGGAGGUGAAAGCAGUAAUAGUCUGCAGCGAAAUGGAAAUUGCCUCAGUGGUGGCUACUUUCAUCAACUUCUAGUGUCGUUCUGUGGGAAUUUCUGGAAAGCAGAAUCCAGGGAGCAGCUGAUAAGAAGGUUUAUCUGGAAGAGAUAAUUUAUAAAAGAAAGAAAUGCAAGGGUGAUCGACGGCCUGCUGAGAGAGAAGCUCGAGAGUUUAACCAGCCCACACGAGUACAAUUCCUGCGCAAUUUACCGUGUGGUUGUCGGAAGGAGGGAAGUCAAAGCUGGCGAUCCCGGCAGCACAACCAGAGUCUGCUGGGCUCCUGAGGUCGCAGAAGACGAAGAACAUGGUGAGCCCUUCUCCUUCGCGGACUGCGGAACUUCAUGCUGUGCAGGGAGGGCCGGUGAUGGCGGAGGAAGAUACCAAUCUUGCUGAGGGCCCACUGUGGUUGAAACCGCUGCUGAAAGCGGAUUUCUUUGCUACUUGCGGAAUACAUGGUGUUUCUACUAAGAGCGAAUGCAAUCUGUUUUGCUUCAACUGCAUGGGUGAUGGUAUUUGUGCUUCUUGUGCAGUUGAUCACAAGGAUCACCACGUUGUUCAAAUCCGGAGGUCGUCUUACCACGAUGUCAUUCGCGUUUCCGAAAUUCAGAAGCUGUUGGACAUCUCAACGGUACAGACUUACAUUAUCAACAGUGCGCGUGUGGUGUUUCUGAAUGAACGGCCUCAACCACGGCCGGCCAAAGGCGUGACUAACACUUGCGAGACGUGUGAGCGAAGCCUGCUCGACACGUUUCGAUUCUGUUCCUUAGGAUGUAAGCUUGCAGGAAUCAAGAGGCACAAGGAGCUCUCUUUCUUUCUACAACCAAAAGCACAGGGUGUAGUUAGCACGAACGUACGUGGGCCUUCAGACUCGGAAGACUCUACUCACAAGAAGGCCCCACGGUCGAGAAAAGUUUCACAGUUACAAUCCUCACCUCUAUCUCAUACAGGCUUCGAGAGCUCGGAUACAGAUCACGAAACCAUGGAGGACACAACGUUCAAGGGACGGACGUUGCAUCAUGAAAAAGUCGGACAAUCUUCACCAGGAGUGACUUCAGGGCGUUUUGGUGACAAAAAUGGCUCAGCGCCUGUACAGCUUGUGGUCGAUAUGUCACCAAGGACACCACCACGUUCGAAUGUACUUCGGGUUGCGAAAAGAAGGAAGGGCAUACCGCACAGGGCUCCUCUUUGGGCUUGAUACGUACAUCUUUCCUACAUGUAAAUAAGGAAUUCGAUAUUGAAUCAUGCAGAAGAACUUGAUAAGGGCUCCUUCCUGCGAAAAAGCCUGUUAUCAAUGCCUUGUUGCGGAACCGUAUGUGCCAAAUUGGAAGGAAACAUUCCUAGUCAUCAGCAAACAUGGUCGCUGUUGCACUGAAGUUUCAAAAGCCCAAGUUCAAAAAUUCGGCGGAUAUCAAGCCCCCCCCCUUCGAAGUCCGUUACCUGUGUAUAAAUAGGAUCGGCCUCAGAAAUGGGUACAAGAGGCAUAGGCUUGAGAGCAGUGUUUACAAACCUUAAGUGUAAAUAACAGAUCAAGGGUGGCACUGUUACAACUACUAAUGUAUUCUAUGGGUGAACUACCAACAACCAAACAGGAAUAGCGACUGAAACUCAUCCCAGAAUAUCUGCUCCAGUGCUGCUAGGCGUCACCACUGGAAGCAUAUACUUCCAGCCGUACUUCAAGCUCUGCGUCUUGAAGAUCACUUUCGGCAGAAGGGUGGUUAGAUGUUUCAGAGCGGUGCACCAGCCCCACUUGCUGGUUUACAGGAGUCAAUGGAAGUUGGCUUUGGUGAGACUGAAUCACUAUUCAGAGAGAGAGAGAGUGGUACGUAUGCUAAUGCUCGCGUACAACUCUUUGAUGUACCAUAGCGUCUCUGUUAUGCAGAUACAAAUACUGUUACUAUGAGAAAGUUCAUAUAUACUUAUACAGAAGUUAUUAUUUCAUACUGUGGUACUAUCAUAUGGUUAUAUCAUUCAUAUAAUAAAGCACCAAAUGAAACUUUGUAUAAUA